AUGCCAAACACAGCAUUCAUCGCCCCUAUGAAAUCUCCUGUGGCAAGGUCGCCUGGAAGUUCAAGAAGCGAUCUUGCAUCCAAGCCCACUGCCAGAGGAUCGACCUCAGCCACUCCCAGCUGGAGUUCCCAAGAAUCUGCAAGCCGCGAUGGCCCCAGGCCGACCCCUUCUGUGCCCACUGUCCCGCUGGCCAGUGCUUGGUCCAAACCUUUGGCCGGAGUGUCCCGCAAGCAGGCCCCUGAUCUCACGUCCCUCACAGCAUUCCCGCCGGCCAGAUUCUCACUACCUUCAACGCUGGAGGAUGAAUUCCCACUACCCACCGCAGCACUUGCGUCCAGCAAAUCUGAAGACGCUUCCCGAUCAGGCAGCGGGUUGGCCUCGGCGAGGUCAGACGAGCUGCAGAGUGCGACCCCACAGACGUCUUUGCCACAGGCAUCUCCAUGGGGACCUGGCAUGCGAUCAACCUCCCAUGGCCGGAGUCAGUCCUUGGUGGCAGACAACACAGCGAGCGCCAGGAUGGUCACAAGGUACCCGCCAGCACCCAGCGCGGAAUCCACAGACCUCCCCGUGGGGAUGGAUUACUUGCAGGAGGCCCAGCUCACAAAGUCCCAGAGACGGAACAUGAAGCGCACGGAGCGGAAGAGGAAGGGCGCCAACAACGAGAAGGACUCCCUGUCGUCCUCGCUGGACAACACGCCCUGCGGGAGCCCACCCGAGCAGGAGGCUGAGAACGGGAUUGGCAGCGUGCUGAGGGACCUGUGCGUGGAGAGCCUGGUGGCCUGGAAGGCCACCAAGCACUUCAAGCAGCUGCAGAUGCUGGGCUUCACCGCCCCGCAGAGCCUGCGCGCGCUGCAGAGGUACGGCAGCGACAUCGAGCUGGCGAUCGCCUGGCUGCUGGAUGGCGGGGUGGAGGCCGACGAUGACUGCUUCGGCCUGCCGGGGGACGUGGCGCCGGAGAUCAACCUCACGGACGAACUCAACCUCCUAGCGGAGAUGCAGAGCGUGUUCGGCAUCCCCCACGACGUGAUCGAGCAGGCGGUGGUGGACUGCAACGGCGACCUCAACGCGGCGGUCUGCAGCGUGCUGGAGCGUCGCGCGGACGCCCCCGCCGGCAAAGAUGCGGACAGGUUUCAAGACGCGGACCGCCUUUGCGAUCCUGGCGCGGCGCAAAGCACAAAGAUCCCCUCGUCCACAAAGCCCCCCCCGGGCUUCGAUCGGGAUCGCACCGUGGAAUCUUAUUCUUACCGGAGCGCGUCAGCCGAGGCCGGGGAUGGUGUGGGCAUGGGCGGCGCCAGGGCGCCCGGAGGCCUGCUGGAUGCCCCAGGCCACGUGGUGGACAGGUGGGCGCUGGGAGGGGUCCUGGGCAGUAACCUGGACGCCUACCGGAGCGGCGCCGCGGACUUCACGUCUUUAGGCAUCCGCGCCGCCCGCCUGCCCGCCGACGGGACCGGCGACGUCGAUCUCGCGAAGCUGUCCCAGCGGCGAGGCACGGAGAUCCCGCUCCUUGGCGGCCACGGCUGCGGGCCGCAGGCGCCCUUCUGCGGCGGCGGGAGUGGAAUGGCUGGCGUCGCCGGCGUGGGCAACCUGGUCACGGAUUUGGAGCAUUACAACAGGCUGAUCCAGAGCGAGGGGUCCAGUAGCGUGUUCGAUCGGCUGGAUCGGCUGCAAGGGGGUUAUGGCGCCGAGGGCGGCGCCAAGGGCGGCGCGGGGCUGGCCUGGGGCCAGCUGCCCGGUGUGGAGGGGGGCCGGUGCACGGGGGACGGGCCUCAAGGCGCGCUGCGGGGUGCCGGGGCGGUCAGCGGCAGUGAGGUGGAGCAGGCAGAGGAGUUGGAACACCUGCUGGGGUCGCUGCUGUGCCGAUAG